GUGCGCUUCAACGGGGGCGGAGGGAUACGGGUUGUACGCUGGCAGUAGUCUGCUCCAGCAUUCAGUUUCACGCAGGAAAGAAGUGACUAUCUGCGGGUGGAGACUGAAAAAAAUUUAAAUCCCCCGGGUUGUGGUCGACACGCAAAGGACGAAAUCGCGGUUGUUUUUUUGUUUAUUUUUCCGGUUCUUAAAAGCCGUUUCGCUUGGUAAAUGUCAGAUCGGUAGGGCGUUGUUUUUUAAGUUUGUGAGGGUUUUUUUCACUCUCCGCGAAAGGGCCAUGGCGGUGGAAGCACGGCCGGAGCUGGUUGGGAAGCGGUUCCUAUGUGUCAGCGGAGAGGAGCUGCUGGAGCUCGGGGAGAUCGGGCGCUGGAGAUGGCGAGCCGGAGUCAUCCGUGCCGUCACGCACCGCGACAACGACAACACGGAUUUGACGGUGUAUGUGGAGUUCGAUGACCUUGAGUGGGAGAAGCGCGAGUGGAUCAAGGUGUACGAAGACUUCCAGAUCUUCCUGCUAGAGCAGCAACUAGUCUGGGCGAAGCGGAAGGAUGGCACCCAGCCUCAGGGAACAAAGGCCAAGCAUAUACUGUGGCCUGCCUUGGCAUUCAGGCCUCUGGUGGGGAAAGUGGUGCUGGGCUCCAUCGCGGCUGUGGAGUUCUUCGCCGACAGGCAGCUGGAUUUCCUGACAGACGACGACGCCUAUCAGCCCUAUCAGGAUGAUGCAGACAGUUUGAAUCCUGUUCUCAGGGACAAUCCGCAGCUUCAUGAAGAGGUGAAGGCCUGGGUUAAAGAUCAAAAGGUUCAGGAAAUUUUUAUGCAAGGUCCAUACUCGUUAAAUGGCUAUAGAGUACGAGUUUACAGGCAAGACUCUGCAACCCAGUGGUUCACGGGGAUCAUCACCCAUCACGAUCUCUUCAACCGCACUAUGAUUGUGAUGAACGACCAGGUACUAGAACCUCAGAAUGUCGACCCCUCUAUGGUACAGAUGACCUUUUUGGAUGAUGUUGUCCAUUCCUUGCUGAAAGGUGAAAACAUUGGCAUUACAUCCAGACGCAGGUCUCGCUCCAGCCAAAACAGCAACACUGCCCAUACCGCGGGAGGGAGACCCACCGGCACCACAGCAAGCACUCAGGGUCACUACACUCGAGCACAGGCCAACAGCCCCCGGCCCGUCAUGAGCUCGUCGGGGCCGGCUCCCAAGCAGGCAGCCCAGCAGCAGCUGCCCUCGUCCCAGCAGCCCCAGCAGCAACAGCAGCCGCCCUCGUCGCAACAGCAGCAGCAGCAGUUGGUGCAGACGCAGCCACAGCAGCCAGCGCAGCUGCAGCAGCAGUCCCAGCUCCCCCAGCAGUCCCCGGGCCAGCAGCGGGGCUCCCGUUCUGGCCGUAGGAAGGGUUCCGACAGCAGCGUGCCGGACGACGACAAGCUGGACGGGGGAGGCAGAGACUACUGCAAGAACAAGAGCAAACCAGCAGUGAAUAAACGAAGGAAACCCGAGGAGGAUGAGAAGAAAGGCGGCCUGAAACGACUAAAGGCAGACAACGUCUCUGACUUCUCUGAAAGCAGCGACUCCGAGAACUCUAAUAAGAGAGCCGUCGACUCUUCCUCUGAGCACGGCUCAGAGAGUGAGCUGAAAAGCAAGAGCACUUCAAAGGUGGUCCAAGAGGAGCAGAAAUCCCAGGGUUCCAAGGGGGCUGAGGAGCUGGCUCUCAUGGAUCGCCUGUCUCCCUGGGAGGAAACGCGAGGGGAUGAAAAAAGCAGCAGGUCUGACGCACAGCCAGGGGCCGAGGGCGAGCGGCCAGCUCAGAGCUCCCUGGCACAGGCUCCCAAACUGCCCACCUCCCUGGGGCAGAGUGGCGGCGCCUCGGAGACCCAGGGCUGCAUCGUGGAGGCGAAAAGCACUGUGAGAACACUACCCAAGGAGCAUUACGGCAGCCCCGUGCCACGCACGCCCAAGUGUGUCAUCGACAUCACGGAGGAGGGUGGGGCCCCCCUAGGCUCACGAGAAAGUCCGGGGGCUGCGGCCAGUCCGCCGGUGCUCCAGAAAUCCGAGCCGCAUGUCUCCGAGUCCAGGCACCCGGCGUUGAAGCCCUCGGUCCCAGAAGGCAGGAAACCAGAGAGCGGCCAGCAGGGGGGGCGCUCCCUUGGCCACCUGGAGGUCAUCCGGCCGGUGACGUCCGUCAGCGAGUCCGCUGCUGUAGCUGAGAGGGAGAAGGUGCAGCAGUAUUCCUCCAUCGUGCCGUGCGUUAAGAAUGCCUGUGUGGCCGAGGACAUCAAGAAGGCACACAAGCCCGGCCCAUCCCCCGAGGUCCACAAACCCAAGUGCAACCCCUCCCCCGACGUCGCCAAGUCGAAAACGCACACUGCUGCCGAGACGUCCAAGCCCAAGCCCAACACGUCCCCCGAGGUGGCCAGGCACAAAGCACGCCACCAGGAGGGCCCUGCCCCCCCAGCCGGCCGCCCCGCUCCCAAGGUGGACCUGGAUGCCCCGCGCUCCAGCUUCAAGCCCGUCCCUAUGCGUGGCUGCCAGGAGGCCACCAAGAGCCCCCUCAUCAUCGACAAGAACGAGCACUUCACCAUCUACAGGGACCCGGCGUUGGUGCGGUCCGAGGCGGAGCUCAACCACCUGGCCUUCGUGCCCCAGCACCUGCACCCGCUGCACGCGUCGUCCCACGGCACCUGCCUGGCGGCUGGCGCCCACCACCCCUCCCACCUGCUCUCCGGCGCCCCCAUCGGCGCCCACCCCGCUGUGCACCACGCCCACUUGCUCCCGGGCGUACUCUCUGGGAUGUCCCCGGCCUCCCUGUUGGGGGGGCACCCCCGCCUGGACUCUGGCCCCACGGCAAGCCUGAGCCACCUGGCUCUGGCCCAUCACCACCCCCACCAACAGCAGCAGUUCCUGCAGCAGCAGCCGCCGCCCUCCCUGCUGGCUCAGGGCCCUUCUGGGGCGUCCUACAACCAGUUAAGCCUCUACCCCAUCAUCUGGCAGUACCCCAAUGGCACCCACACGUACCCAGGCCUCGGCUUGCCUCCGUCCAAGUGGGUGCACCCCGAAAACACAGUCAGCUCCGAGGCCGGCUUGAGAAGGAACACCCCCAGCCCCUGGCUGCACCAGCACACCCCGGUGACUUCGGCAGACGGCCUGGGGAUACUAAGCCACGUCCCCGUCCGGCCCGCCAGCGCUGACCCCCACCGGCCUGUCAAGAUCAAUGCGCACGCCAGCCCCCCUCUGCCCAAGAUCGCCAGCGACCGCCACAAGGAGGAACUGGAGAAGAAAGCUUUCGUCGAGUCCAUACGGCCGAUCGUCACGCCGCACCUGAAGCCGGAUCAGGACCGCAGCCGGACCCCGACGAGCAAAGACAGCCAGCUGCAGCGCCUGUUUGCCGAGCCACUUCCGGGACCGGGCAAAGCCCAGCGCUCCGGCUCAGACACUGGCGACCGAUCCAGCAAGUACAAAGAGGAGAACCGGCGCAUCCUGCAGGAGAGCAUCGAGGUGGCGCCCUUCACGGCCAAAAUCCGCUCCGGCGAGCCCGAGCGGGACACCUAUCCCCGCGUUCCGACCCUGCCGCAGCCCCCGACCUCCAAGGGCCACACCGUGCAGCCGGAGAAGGAGGCGGAGCUUGCGGCAGCCGAGCUCUACAAGUUCAAGCACGGCACGCCGCAUUCGGCGCCCCCCAGCACAUACUUCACCACCCUGUCCAACAGCGUGGUCAACGAGCCACCCCGGCUGUACCCCUCAAAGGAGAUGAACCCCUACUUCGAGAAGGCGGCUGGGAGGGACCUGGCUGGGAGGGACCUGGCUGGGAGGGACCUGGCUGGGAGGGACCUGGCUGGGAGGGACCUGGCUGGGAGGGACCUGGCUGGGAGGGACCUGGCUGGGAGGGACCUGGCUGGGAGGGACCUGGCUGGGAGGGACCUGACUGGGAGGGACCUGGCUGGGAGGGACCUGUCCACCUCUGGAGCUUUCAACAGCAAGUCUUUGUCAAAGCCUCCACCGCUGAUCAAGCACCAGCCUGAGGGGGAGGGCCUGGCAGGCAAAAUCACGGAGCAGCUCUCCCAACAGGUGGCAUUGCACCCCCUCAGCACCCCCACCAGCGAGAGGAGGAGCCCUGCCGUCCCAUCGUCGAACCCUCUGCGGUGCAUGCCAGCGCUACACCGGGCUCCCGUCUUCCACCCUCCCACCCAGCAGACCGUGGAGCGCAAGGAACCCGGCUACGGCCGGCUGUCCCCGCCCACACUUACCCCCAUCCAGCCCGUCAGCUCGGCGGGGAAGCUGUCGGAGCAGCAGAAGCCCCCGACGCUACUGCCUGAGAUGCGCGAUGUCGCUGCCGCUUGCAAGGCCGCCUCUGACGCGGCGUCGGCAGAGGCCUGGAAAGCCAGCGACCCUCAAGGUCACGAAAAGCCUGGCUGGCACCCAGAGAAGGGUGCAGUGAAGCCAGUGGCCGCCACCGCCUCCGUCAUUGUGCGCCCGGCGUCGUGCAUAAAGUACGACGGCUCGCAGCUUCCGAAGGCCAAGGAGCCGAUUGCCGAGCGACCAUAUACAGGCAAGAGCCAGGCGGACUGUGUGAUCCUGGCUGAAUGCAGGGAGCCUGGGAGGGUCAUUUUGCCAAACACAAACCUAGAGGACUCGCAGUUCAAGAAGAACUUCUUGAGGCCGCCACAAGGGGGCUUUUCUGGCUGUGCCGCAUCCGCCGCAAGCCCUGCCUGCAGUGCCAGGGCCGACACUGCGGCCUCUGGGACCACAGCGGCCAGCAUCCCGGGACGAGUCGGGCUGGACGCACCAUCUUCCACUUCCACUGCGACCGGAGCCAGAACAGAUUUCACGUGCCCCAAAGGGCCAGAGCAGGAGGGAUGGUCUGGCAGUAGCACUGUGGCCCCGCCUCCCAGCACAGGAAGCACUACACAGGCCGGCGCGGGUCAAGCCUACCCCGGAAACUUCAUCCACCUGAAGAAGCACAAGGCGGCGCUGGCUGCAGCCCAGUCCAGGAGCAGCGGCGCCACUGAGGGCGAGCCCGCCAGCACCAAGCCUCUCCCAUGCCCAGCUCCCAUUCCACAGGACAGCAACCCGGCCGGCAGCACACCAAGCAAAGCGGGCCCCCUGAUCAACGGGCAGCCCGCCCAGCUGAGCCAGCCGAACUACCACAAGUUGAAGAAAGCCUGGCUCACCCGGCAUUCGGAGGAAGACCGCAACACUAACAAGGUUGAGAAGACAGGGGGCGUCACCGCGGCGGAGAUGAUCAAGCCCUGCACAGUCAGCCUGGUCGCCUCCACGUCUAGCGACGUGGACGUCGGCAAGGAGGGCAAAGGGCAAGAUGAACGAAGCGCGCAGGAGGACCGGAGGACGCGGCGGGGUAGCAAGAGGGCAUAUGAGUCGGCCUCUGAGAGCGCAGACGACUCUGACGAGAGCGAGAGCAAGUCAGAGCAGAGGGCCAAGCGGCAGCCCAAGCCCACGUACAAAAAGAAGCAGAACGACCUGCAGAAGCGGAAGGGCGACAAUGAGGAGGAAGAGGUGAAACCCAACGGCGUCUUCAGGAGCGCCAGGGAGAAGACCAAGCUCAAGCUGGCCAGCAGCAAUGGGAUCCCCCGCUCGGUGCUCAAGGACUGGAGGAAGGUGAAGAAGCUGAAGCAGACCGGGGAGUCCUUCCUGCAGGACGACUCGUGCUCUGAGAUCGGGCCCAACCUUCAGAAGUGCCGCGAGUGCCGGGUGGUCCGCAGCAAGAAGGGCGAGGAGCCCUCCCACUCGCCUGUCUUCUGCCGAUUCUACUACUUCCGCCGCCUCUCGUACAGCAAGAAUGGCGUGAUAAGGAUAGAUGGAUUUUCCUCGCCGGAUCAGUAUGACGAGGAGGCCGUGAGCCUCUGGGCCCCGGACAUGUACGAGGACAACGAGCUGGACCUGGAGACCUCCAAGUACAUCCUCAGCUACAUCGGGGACAAAUUCUGUCAGCUGGUCAUGACAGAGAACACCGCAGCCACGUGGAUCAAAAAGGACGCCAAGAUCGCCUGGAAGAGAGCGGUGAGAGGCGUGCGGGAGAUGUGCGACGCCUGCGAAGCCACGCUGUUUAACAUCCACUGGGUCUGCCAGAAAUGCGGAUUUGUGGUCUGCCUGGAUUGCUACAGGGCGAGGGAGAGGAAAAGCUCCAAAGACAAAGAGCUGUACGCCUGGCUGAAGUGUGUCAAGGGCCAGCCGCACGACCACAAGCACCUGAUGCCAACGCAGAUCAUCCCGGGAACAGUGCUGACCGACCUGGUGAAUGCCAUGCACACCCUUCGAGAGAAGUACAGCAUCAAGGCGCACUGUGCCUGCGUGGCCAAGCAGAGCUCGCUACUGGCCAAGCUGCCGUCCACCAACGGCGUCUCGCAGGUGCUGCAGAACGUGCUGAACCAUAGCAACAAGAUCUCUCUGUGCAAGCCCGACGUCCAGCAGCAGGGUGCCCCCCAGAGGGUGGAGGCCAACGGCGGCGGAGGUAGCCCUGGCAGCGAGUGCGGUGCGGACAGCAAGCUGAGCCCACCCGAGUCGCAAUCCCCCCUGCACUUCCUGGCCGACCUGGCUGAGCAGAAGUCCCGCGAGGAGAAGAAGGAAAACAAAGAGUCGCCCCUGGGGAAGGCGGUCAAGGAGGAGAAGGAGCAUUGCGAAGGCCUGGUGACCAACAGCACGGAGCAGGGCUCCACGCUGCGGGACCUGCUCACCACCACUGCCGGCAAGCUGCGGCUGGGCUCCACGGACGCCGGCAUCGCCUUCGCCCCCGUCUACUCCACCGCGUCACAGACCGGCAAGAGUGGCCGCAGUAUGCCCAACAUCCUGGACGACAUCAUCGCCUCGGUGGUGGAAAACAAGAUCCCGGCCAGCAGGACCGCCAAAGCGGGCCCCAAGCGCGAGGCGGGCGAGGAGGCGCGGCCAGAGCGGAGGAAGGCCGCCGCCGCCGAUGAGGCCUCCAGGCUGCACGCCGACAUCCCGCACUGCUGGUUGUACGAGCACCGGCUGCUCUGGCUCAAGGACCACCGCAACCCCAACAACUGGAAGCUCUUCAGGGAGUGCUGGAGACAGGGCCAGCCCGUGCUGGUGUCGGGGGUCCAUAAGAAACUGAACAGCGGUCUAUGGAAGGCAGAUUCCUUUAACCAGGAAUUCGCUGACCACCAAGGAGACCUUUUAAACUGCAAGGAUGGUGUGGUUUCCAACUCCGGCAUCAAGGAAUUCUGGGAUGGCUUCGAGGACCUGACGAAGCGGCCGAAGUCCAAGGACGGGGAUGCCAUGGUGUACCGGCUGAAGGACUGGCCGUCGGGCGAGGAGUUCAUGGCCCUCAUGCCUUCCAGGUACGACGACCUAAUGAAGAACCUUCCCCUUCCGGAAUACUCUGACCCUGAGGGGAACCUCAACCUGGCCUCCCAUCUGCCGACGUUUUUUGUACGGCCUGACCUGGGCCCGCGGCUCUGCUGUGCAUAUGGGGUGGCCGCAUCCCAAGAGCAGGACUUCGGCACGGCCAACGUCCACCUGGAGGUCUCCGAUAUCGUCAGCGUCCUCGUUUACGUUGGUGUGGCCAAAGGAAACGGAGUCCUCUCAAAAACAGGUGUGUUGAAGAGACUGGAGGAAGAGGAUCUGGAUGACAAUUUGAAGAAGAGAUUGAAAGACUCCAGUGAGACACCGGGAGCCUUGUGGCACAUCUACGCCAGCAAGGAUGUGGACAGAAUUAAAGAGUUCCUGUACAAGGUCGCCAAGGAGCAGGGCGUGGAGGUGUCCACCGAGCACGACCCCAUCCGCGAGCCCGGCUGGUAUCUGACCCGGAAGCUGCGGCAGCGGCUGCAGGAGGAGUGCGGGGUACAGGGCUGGACAGUGGUCCAGUUCCUGGGGGACUCCAUCCUCAUCCCCGCGGGGGCGCUGCACCAGGUGCAGAACCUUCACAGUUGUGUCCAGGUGAUUAAUGACUUUGUAUCCCCGGAACAUGUGGUGCACUCAUUUCAUUUAACACAGGAACUGAGAUCCUCCAAAGAAGAAAUGAACUAUGAAGAUAAGCUACAGGUCAAGAACAUCUUUUAUCACUGUGUGAAAGAUGCCGUGGGAACAUUGAAGCGGUGCUGUGCAGAGGAGCUGGACGAAACGGAGGAGAACUCGUGACGGUCACCUGGUUACCGCCGGGAGAGACGUCUGUCACACAGCCGCCUUGUCAGGUGGAAUAUGCACACUAACCUUUGCGUCAUGAACCUCCAGUGCCAAGCCGACUUUAAAAGAAAAAAAAAAACACACACACACACACAAAGGUAUUUAUUUGUUACUGACCCCACAACAGUAUAACCCAGAGCAUCAGGUAACUGUGAUUCAAUGCAAGUCAAAAGAUAAUCUGCAAGUGAUGGCCUUGCUGUUCCCUCUUGUGUUUUUUUUUUUUCCUCUUUCUUACUGUAUAUUGUUUCAGUGAAAAUGACUAAAAUGAUGUAUUUAUUUUUUAAGAGUUCUAUGCUAUGUUAUAGAUCAAAUGUAAAUGUGACUUGUACAGUUUGCUAAACCGAUUCUGAUACCGUUCACUACAUUGAGACAGUUACUGUGAGAGGAUAGACACCAGCUGUUGCCUGUACUUGCUGAAUUGCAGUCCUCAUGCCAUAUCUUUUGACAAUUAACUGCCAAACUAUUGUAAACAUUGUAAAGGUAUAUGUAUAAAAAACAAAAGAAAAACACAAAAAAUGCUACAUGAAUAACACACUUUCUGCAUUUUAUUAAAGUAUUCGUUGUAAAAUUGAGACAUUUACAAAGUUGUAAUUUAUUGAAGAAAAUUGUCUCGUUUUGUUAAAAUUUACUAUGGUGAACUUUUGAAGUUAAAUGGAAAAAAACUUAGUAUGCUGUGUAAAUAUAUACAUAUAUACAUUCGAUGAUGUAUUUUUUUAAAACAUGGCUUGCUUCAAUUUCAAAUUUUAAAAGUGCAAGUGUUACAUGCUUUGUACAUUGAAGUUCAAAGGGCUUUUACAUUGUCCAUUAAAAUGGAUUUAUCAGA